GGUGGACCUGGUCGCGUGCCCGCCGUGAACCCUCGUCGGCGUUUUCGAACUGCGUGGCCCCGACGGCGUUCCCGCCUCUCCUCGGCGACAACGAACGUUUCUCUCGGCGUGCCUGUGGUGGCCGGCCUGGCCUCUCACAACAGGACAGCGGGCAGAGACGCGGCGCCCCACCUUAAUGUCCACAAACAUUCUUUUUUCAUUGUAUUGAUUGGAAAAGCGUUCAAGUGCCAGCAGGACCCUAACCUCCAGACCCGCCUCCUCGCCGGCCUGAGGAGCAGAUUAUCAAAGAUUAGAUUAUUUUGGUGAUUUCAUCGAAAAUGGCUGGAAACGCAGCUGCCAUCGCCGUGGCCGUCGGCAUUUUCUCCUUUUUAGUUAAUUUUUCUCUCCAUAAAUUGGAGGAAGGACACGUCGGAGUGUAUUAUAGGGGUGGAGCUUUAUUAUCUAACACUAGUCAACCAGGAUUUCACAUGAUGAUCCCAUUUAUUACUAGCUUCAGAUCAGUGCAGGUAACAUUACAAACAGAUGAGGUUAAAAACGUUCCAUGUGGAACCAGUGGUGGUGUGAUGAUUUACUUUGAUCGAAUUGAGGUUGUCAACAUACUUAGUGCAUCUAGCGUGUUUGAUAUUGUGAAGAAUUACACUGCUGAUUAUGACAAAACACUAAUUUUCAACAAAGUGCAUCAUGAACUUAACCAAUUUUGCAGCGUUCAUAGUCUUCAAGAGGUUUACAUUGAUCUAUUUGACCAGAUUGAUGAAAACCUCAAAACAGCUCUUCAGAGAGAUCUGAAUGAAAUGGCCCCUGGGCUAUACAUUCAAGCUGUUCGAGUGACCAAGCCCAAAAUUCCAGAAAUGAUUCGGAAAAAUUAUGAACAGAUGGAAGGAGAGAAAACAAAAUUACUCAUUUCAGAGCAGCAUCAGAAACUGGUUGAGAAAGAUGCAGAGACAGAUCGCAAAAAAGCAAUUAUUGAGGCUGAGAAAGAAGCCAGUGUUGCAAAAAUCCACUUCGGUCAAAAAAUUAUGGAGAAAGAAUCCCUCCAGAGAAUGGCUCAAAUUGAAGAUGAAAUGCACAUUGACCGUCAGAAGAGCAGGUCUGAUGCUGAAUUUUAUCAAUUAAAGAAACAAGCUGAAGCCAACAAACUCCUUCUUACACCAGAGUACCUUGAGUUGACAAAAUACAAGUCACUGACUGCCAAUAGCAAAAUCUACUUUGGACCAGAUAUUCCCAAUUUAUUUGUGCACGGAACAGGUCAUCAGCCAUUAACUGACGUUCCUGAGAAACCUGUCUCCACAGCCCAAGAAGGUACCAUCAACCCUGAAGUGCUUUCACCUUAAAUCUCCUCAUCUUGGGUGCUUUUUCUAUGUAUUUUAAAAUUAUUUCAUUUUACUUUAAUGCUGUUUGAUGCAUGAACCAACUUAGCUCCUAAGUCUGUUCAUCAAAACGUUAUGAAUGAAUGACCAUUGUAUGUCAAGUGUAUGUGAUUGUCUAUGUUUCUCAGUCCUACAAAUCUUAGUUAUCUGGUUGGUAAGGUAGAUAAUAGGCGGUACGCCUUCAUACAUAAAUGUUGUUCUUUGAGGUUUUUUUUUUUAAUCUUGUUAAAUGUGUGCAUUGUAGAAUGCAAGAAUAUUGUUAAGGUGUGCAAUUUCUUUAAAUUCUGGUGAUAAUUUCUUUGUUAAUGUACAUCAAUAUACCUCUAUUUACCUGUCUCGCACAAACUUAUUAGUAUUGAAAUGUCUGUUUCUUUCCCACCGGAAGUGUUCUUUGUAUUAUGACUUUUCUUUUCAUUAGCCCUGUUUGAACUUUGCUCAAGUUUGUUACCUUCUCAAUUGUUAAAUUUCUCUGCAUCUGUGAAUUAGUUUCACUCCCUUAGAUUAUUUUUUAUUUAUUUUUAAUCGCAUAAUGAUAAUUUUCUUUGUAAAAUUUGUAAGCCAAUUUUCAGUUUUCAUCGUUUGAAGUACUCCUUUUGUUAUUUGACAAAAAAAUACUUGCUUGUCCCAUAGACAAGGCCUGAUCCUUGAUUGCCUUUUUGUCUUUGUCAUUGGAUUGUCGUACAAUAAUAGUUCUCUCCUUCUUAAAUGAAA